GAAGUAAAUAUAUUGUACGCUGGACGCUAAAUGCAGUGGCUCCCGCGUGUUUGGUGUCGCCUUGGAUCAUAGAAGUACACGUGUAGUUUCUACUUAUUUCAAAAUGGCAGAAAGCGAUAAAAGUAAAAAAAAAAGCAAAAAGAAAUCUCUUGGAGAGAUUCAAGCAACAAUGAAAUGUCAACUUGAACCUUCAGAUGAAAUUGUAAAACUUGAGUACAAGGAUUGGCCUCUUUUAUUUAAAAAUUUUGACAAAAUGCUUACUCGUACAAAACAUUUUACACCUUUAACUAGUGGAUCAACACCUUUACACCGUACUUUAUCUGAAUAUAUAAAAUCUGGUUGCAUUAAUCUAGACAAACCAUGUAAUCCUUCAUCACAUGAAGUUGUUGCAUGGAUAAAAAGAAUUUUGAAAGUAGAGAAAACUGGUCAUUCUGGUACUUUAGAUCCUAAAGUAUCUGGAUGUUUAAUAGUAUGCAUUGAUAGAGCAACAAGAUUAGCUAAAUCACAACAAUCUGCAGGAAAAGAAUAUAUUGCAGUUUUUAAAUUACAUUCUGCUCCAGAAAGUUUACAAAAGGUAAGUCAAGCAUUAGAAAAAUUACGUGGUGCACUCUUUCAACGGCCACCACUUAUCUCUGCAGUGAAGCGUCAGCUUCGUGUGAGAACAGUUUAUGACAGUUGGUUUCUUGACUAUGAUGAAGAACGUAAUAUGGGAGUGUUUAGAGUUAGUUGUGAGGCUGGUUCAUAUAUUAGAACUAUUUGUGUUCAUCUCGGCCUCUUCUUAGGCACUGGUUGUCAAAUGCAAGAAUUACGUAGAAAUCGUUCAGGUGUUCAAUCUGAAAAUGAUGGAAUGGUUACUAUGCAUGAUAUACUUGAUGCUCAAUGGUUAUAUGAAAACCAUGGAGAUGAAUCUUAUUUGAGAAGAGUAAUUAAACCAUUAGAAGCACUUUUGAUAAAUCAUAAAAGAAUUAUUGUAAAAGAUAGUGCAGUAAAUGCUAUUUGUUAUGGAGCUAAAAUUAUGUUACCAGGAAUUUUAAUGUAUGAUGAUGGUAUUGAAUUGAAUCAAGAAAUUGUAAUAGUGACUACAAAAGGUGAAGCUAUAGCACUUGCUAUAGCUCUUAUGACAUCUCCUACAAUGACAACUUGUGAUCAUGGUGUAGCUGCUAAAAUUAAAAGAGUAAUAAUGGAAAGAGAUGCAUAUCCAAGAAAAUGGGGUUUGGGACCCAAAGCUUCCAUAAAAAAGCGUAUGAUAAUUGAAGGUAAAUUAGAUAAAUAUGGGAAACCAAACGAAAAUACACCUGCUGAUUGGUUGGCAAAUUAUACAGAUUAUUCCACAUCUGCAAUUAAGACUGAAGAAAAUGGAGUUACUGAUCCUGUAUCUAAGAAACGAAAAUGGGAAGAGUUAGUUUCACAAUCUACAACAGAGGUUUCAAUAAAAGAAGAAAAAAUGGACGAAUCAGAAUUAACAUCACCAAAAGAGAAGAAGAAAGAUAAAAAAGAAAAGAAAAAAAAGAAAAAAAAAGAAAGGACAGAAUCUGAAGCUGAUGAAUCUAUGGCAGUGGAAGCUGCAACUGAGGAAUCGCCGAUAAAAGAAGAAAAAAAGAAAAAGAAAAAGAAGAAAGAUAAAGAUCAACAUCAGGAAGAACCACUUGCAAGUUGAAAUAAUUUCUCAAAUAUAUAAUUAUUAAAGUAUAACUAUUUCAAUUUUUUAAGAAUAAGAAAAAUGCUACACUACUUUAUGAAAGUAAAUGCAAUCUCUUAUUCAAAGAUAAUUCUUUAAAAAUGUAUACAUAUUCUGCAAUCUUUAAAAGCUGUAAAAAAAUAUCCAUAUUCCGCAAUAUACAUAUAUUAUGGAACAUUAUAUAAAAUUGAAGAAAAAAUAUUUUAUAUGUUCUGUAAACUUGUACAAAUCAUAAUUCAAAUCAGUUAUAUUUAUAGUGGUCAUUUAAAUUAUAUUAAAAAAUUCAAUAA